AGCAAGUUAGUGAGAAAGGGAAACACUGCCACGAGCCUACGUUCUUUGUUAAUGUUUGUAAAAUAUCCACAGAGCCAACGCCUGAACCCGCCAAAACUCCCCCAACCCAAACCUGUCGGCUGUCAGAAGACUUUUAUCAGAGCAAUAGGGAGAGAAGGGAGUUGGCAACCCUACCUACAUGCUAACCAGCAUUACCAGCCCUGAUUGGACAAAGAGCCAUCGCAGAUUACAUGGAUGGAUGACACAUCGGGAGAAACAAAUUUCUACUCCAAUGCUGAGGGCUACUGGAAGGAGGUUCCGCCCACGGUGGACGGCAUGCUAGGAGGCUAUGGAAACAUCUCUGGCAUCGAUAUAAACGGUUCCAAGGCUUUCCUUCGCAAAUUUCUCGGAGAAGGCGAAGGAAAGACAAGCGCAGGCAUCGCCCUGGACUGCGGCGCAGGCAUCGGGAGGAUCUCCAAGCGACUUCUGCUUCCUCUUUUCAAGACCGUGGACCUUGUGGACGUGACACAGGAAUUCCUGGAUAAAGCUAAGACGUACCUGGGAGAGGAAGGCAAGAGAGUGGGCAACUACUUUUGUAGUGGCCUGCAGGACUUUGUACCGGAGAGUGGGCGUUAUGAUGUCAUCUGGAUCCAGUGGGUGAUCGGCCACCUGACCGACAACCACCUGGUGGAGUUUUUGCGCCGCUGCCAGAAAGCGUUGCAGCCCAACGGCCUCAUCGUCAUCAAAGACAAUGUAUCAUACAAAGGAGUAGUUCCGGAUGAGGUGGACAGCAGUGUGUGUCGAGACCUGAAAAUAGUCCGCAGUCUGGUGAGCAGAGCGGGUCUAAGCAUCGUUUACGAGGAGCAACAAGUGAACUUCCCGAAGGAGAUCUACCAAGUCCACAGUCUGGCACUCCGAUAAGAAGUUCUCCUCCAUUUGCAAAGUGCCAUUUCCGAUUUAGUAUUUAACAAGAUAUUUCCUGUCAACAGUUCUGAAUUGAUGUAUACUUGUUGAUGCAUCGUUAAGUAUAUUUCGAGCAUCAAUGUAGAGAUCUGCGUCAUCUCUUGUGACUGAAAUUUGCUGCUGGCAAACCCAUGUGUACAAUGCAACUUUUGACUAAAUCCUUUUUGAAAUAA